AGACUGAAACAAGUCGGAAAUGAAAGGAGCGUGAGAGGGAGAGAUAGUAGUAAAACCAUCACAUCUCAGCUGUAGCUGUACUGUAGCAGAGUCCUGAAACUGCGGGAAACCCCUAUUUUGAGAUGCUUCACUGAACUUGUCGAACCAAGACCACCUACCGAUGUACCUCCACUACAUUCACCACCCCUACCCUCUAGGGGAAAGAGGCAGAGGUAGGAAGGGAGUGAGCAUUGAGUAGAAAGAGGAAGCAGCAUUUAGCUCCAGGCAGCGCUUCUCUGUUUUGUUCAGUCAAAUAAUGAUAUGCUUUGAGGAACAUUUCCCAUUUGGAUUGUCUGUGACUGGAAGAUGACAGGAGGUUUUCUCCGUGUUCCCACCAUGAGGUCGAAGCACUGCUGGACCGUCCUGCUUGCGUCCACCUUGGCAGUCCUGGUUCUCACCUCAGUCACUAAGGGUGAAGAUUCAGGAUGUGACAUAUCUAUAAAUGUACGCCGCGGCACAGUGUACGACGCUGUCCUUGGACGAGACUUUAGGAUUAACUGCACAGUUUCUUUCUGCAAUGAAACACAACCAGUCUCCUGGUAUAAGGUUGAAAAAAAUAUUAACCUCGUCAGUGUGAACUACAGCAGUCACAUUAAAACAGAGUGGAAAGAACUGGACCAUUUAGAGGGGACAUCAUAUUUAAUCUUCCAAAACAUACUCAGCAGCAACGCAGGUCUGUAUCGGUGUAAAAGUGGAGGCAGCGUGAGUCAUAACAUCAAUGUCUCUGUCAAUGGUGAGGCUGAAUUUACCACUGUUACAUGGAUGAAUGACACAAAUAGCCCAACUUCUAAUCCUAUACCCCCAGAAAGCCUGUGGAUGUACGUGUACCCUGCUGCUGGGAUUGUGGCAAUCGUCAUCAUAGUGAUAGUUAUAUCUGUCAUAUCAAUGCGAGGGUGUAAAGGGAAAUCAAAGAAAGAGGCAGAAGCUGAAAAUCAGUACAUGGCGAUCCCCAUGGGUGAGCCACCCCACCCACAUGCUAGCCUCGAGCCCUCGCCAAGAGAAAGCCCCUCUGUCCCGCCAUCUCGGAGAUCUACCCAGAGAGAGGCACCGCCCUCACAACCCAGUGACUUGACUUCACCAAGAGGAAAUGAGGACGUUUAUAGUAAGAUACACCAGGACAGAGAGAGACAGAGGAAUGUGGAGGAGGGUAGUUCUGUCGUGUAUGCUGCACUCAACCAUCACCUGCCCCAAGGGGCUGCUGCUCGGCCGCGGAGGCCCGAGGAGGAGUUUUCAGAAUACGCAGCUAUUCGUGUGCCUUAAAGACCCAACACCCACUGGACUAAAUCAGUUCAAGGCCGAGGACAUCUCACAUUAUGUGGAGUAAUAUGCAUCUUGGCUAGAGUAAACCACUCCUCCUAAAACCACACUAGAGGACCGCUGACAAACAUUUCAAAGUGGUAAAAACUGCCCUUCUAUUCUCCAAACAUGAGGAUGCUACAGGACAGGCCACUCCUCCCAGUCUACCUAAGACUCCAAAGAUCUUGGGUAGACACACACUAGUUCUUUCUCUUCCUGUUGACUGCAUCUCACAUUCAGCACGUCUGAAAGCACAGCAACUGAAUGAAUGCCAGUAAUAUCCUUGCUACAGAGGCUGACUAGGCAGAAUAUGCUUUGUUGAAGCGCUAACAUGCUGUGGAGAAUCUUCCCUCUUCAUUAGCUUCUAACGCUCAAAAUAUAAACACCACCAGAAGUCAGAAAGACCUGAAAGAUGGACUAAUGUUGUGUUGGAGUUUAUUUUAAUUGUAUUUGCUGACAAUAAAUACAUAAUAAUAAUAAUAAUAUAUUAAAUAAAAUGUAAAAUGACAUCAGCCUUAUCCUGUAAGAUAGAAGUGAGAAAAGGGAUGUAAUCAGGUACAAAGUUCUUAGACUCUGCAGCUCUGCAGCAUCGGAAAAACAGCACCACGUUUUCUGGUAAACUGUCUACAGCUAGUCUGGUUUUGUUUGAGACGUUGGUCUGAAUGUUUGACAUGCACUCACUGCAUGCUCUUAAAACUGUGACCUGUGCUGUUGCACAUGCGUGACUUGAAUUCACUCCUCUGAGUAACAUCACCUCUGAUAACUAAAGGUUUCACGAGCUCACGACUUGUGUAUUAUCAACUAUUCAUACACUUUCUGACAAUGAACGAUUUGUGAGCUUUUGUGAUUUUGUGCUUCAUAAAUUACUGAUUGUGAUUUUCUGACUGGAAAACAGAGAAUGUAAUAAUUAUCUGAUCAUUUUGUGCAAUCAAAGAACACAAUGUCUGUCCAUAAUUGUUUGAUUUGAAUUAAGAUUAUAUGAUGCCAUCA